AUGUCUCAGAGGAGCAAACCGUCCUCGAGUCAAAAGUAAGUCAUUUCAGAGUGUUGAGGGUGAUGAACGCUCAAGUGUUCGAUUGCACUUUUAAAAUUCCGGAAUUGAGUGCCAACACUUUUCUCUCUGUCUCUCUCCUCAGUUCCUCCUCCGGUUCCUCUCCUCCAUCAGAUCCUCCGCUACGCUCGGCUUUGAAAAGCAGCACUAAAGAAUCUAAAGCUGAGAAUCUGAAAAGAAAAAUAAGCCAGAGCUCUGUAACCGCGUACACGUCCUUCCUGAACACGCUGUUCGGACAGGACAGAAAGCUGAUGCCGGAGGAGCUGGAUGAGCUGCAACUAGCCUUUAAGGAGUUUGAUUAUGAUCAGGACGGAUAUCUGCACUAUAAAGACGUAGCGGACUGCAUGAGGACGAUGGGGUACAUGCCAACAGAGAUGGAGCUGAUUGAGAUCAUCCAGCAGAUCAAGAUGAAAUGGGGCGGUCAUGUAGAUUUCGAUGAUUUCUGCGACCUCAUGGGUCCGAGGAUGCUGAUGGAGACGGCUCACAUGGUUGGAGUGCGAGAGCUGCACUGUGCUUUCAAACAGUUUGACUGUAAUGGAGACGGAAGGAUCAGCUUCGAGGAGCUGAAGGAGUCGAUGAAGACGCUGCUGGGUGAAAAGCUGAAGAAGGGAGAGCUGGAGGAGAUUCUGUCUGACAUCGACCUCAACGGAGACGGAACCGUGGACUUUGAUGAGUUCGUGAUGAUGCUGUCGGCUCGGUGACGUCCUUCUGGAGGUCCAGUGAAACGUUUCGGUUUUAAACUCACCUCAUUAUUAAAUAUUUUAUUCAGCAAUUAAACAUUAAAGAUGUGCUGCAUAUAGUG